AUGGGCGUUGGUCGAUUCAUUUGCGUCGGCUUGCCGCUGGCUCUGACAAUCGCCUCUAUUGUCGCUCUUCUCAUUGCCACCCUCUCCGGUGUCGCUCACAAUCAAUUAUGGAUGUUCCGCGUGGAUGUUAAAGAUAUGAGCAUCAGCCCAGCCGACCUUGUCAGCAUUACAAACUCACUUGGCAUCAACCCUCGCGCCGACAAGACUGGCAACAUUACCGCUGCUGACCUUGGCCUGGCCAACGUAUACGAAAUCGAUCUCUGGGGCUACUGCUAUACCGACAACGACAACAAGCGCCAGUGCACAAAAGCCCAGUUUGACUGGGCCAACAGUGCUCUCAACACUACAUAUAUCGAGAACCUAGGCAAGUCUGCGGGCGUCCAGGGUUUCAAACUUCCAGACGAGGUCAAGGGCGCUUUGAAAACUUUCCGCACUGUCGCCAAAUGGACCGAGGUUGCUUUCAUCGUUGCACUCCUCGCACUCGGUAUCCAGUUGGCGGUUGGCAUCUUCGCCAUGUGUUCCCGCGUUGCGUCAUGCCUGACCUGGCUUGUUUCCGGCCUCACCUCCAUCCUGGUUGGCGUUGCUGCCGGUCUUUCCACUGCCACGGCUUCCAUCGUUGUCGGCGCUAUCAAGGGCUCCAACAAACUCUACGGCAUCAAAGCCGACAUUGGCACCCGAUUCCUCGCCACCGUUUGGAUCGCCACGGCUUUCGCCCUCGGCGCCGGCUUCUUCUGGAUUUUCACCAUCUGCUGCUGCAAACCCGAGCGCCGUCGCAGUGGUGGCAAGCGAAAUCUGGAUUCUGAUGACGAGAAGCUCAUUCCCAAUGGUGGUGCCUAUCGCCCUCUUUCCCACAACUACGAGAUGACCAGCGGUCACAACAAUGGCGGCUACUACAACCCCAACCAGAACCAAGGUGGAUACUCAUCUGGUCCCCGGCAUCCUUCUGGCCACGGCCGAACUGAUCUCGCCUAUGAACCAUACUCUCAUCGGGCCUAA